CUAAUAUAAACACGUGUGCUCCAAAAAUAUAUGCUUACACAAUUAAUAAUUACUUUUUGUGUAGUUCAAUGAAAAUACUCUACUGGGUUGAUGACAAUCUAUUUAAAAUAAUUAUCGUCCUACAACAUAUGUUAGAUUAUUAUUAUUCGCAAGUGUUUUGUGUGAAAUAUUGCGGAUUACAAUAAAACAAAAUGACAGUUAAAGACACCAAAGAGGGCACAAUAUAUAAACAAUGGAUUAUAGGUGCUAUUGCAACAACACCGUUCCUAACCUACGGUCUACAGAACGGUUGGAUCUCGCCAGUGAUGGGUCUCCUCCAAUCAGAACUCAGUCCGUCCGGCCGUCCCCUCACCACAAGCGAGAUCUCACUGGUAGCUAGUGGUAUGAGCAUUGCUGCCAUAUCCACGGCUGUAGCGUUUGGAUAUCUAGCUGACGCUGUAGGACGCCGUGUCACGUUGAUGAUGAUCGCGACACCACAAAUUUUCGGUUUUGCCUUAAAACUGGUAUCAGCGCACCCGGCCUGUCUGAUCGUCUCCCAAGUGUUGGCCGGCAUCGCAGCGGCGGGUUCCUUUUGCGUGGCACCUGCUUAUGUUAAAGAAAUGGCUCAAGACUCCAUAAGAGGUUAUCUUGCGUCUUCAGGGAUCCUGCUACAAAGCCUCGGCAUGUUGAUAAUGUACGCCAUGGCACCUUACCUCGGCUACUACACGUUGCUAUGGGUGAUGGUGUGGGUUCCGAUCCUGAACCUGGCCGCCAUGUUUUGGAUACCGGAGACACCGGCGUACCUGGUCAAGAGGGGGAGGGUUGAGGAAGCCAUCAAAGUGAUGUCCUGGCUACGAGAGGUGGACGAAAACCACAAGAUGCUUGAACGGGACGUGUCCAUAUUGAAAAACGAGAUGUUGACGACUGAUAACCUACCCGCAGUAUCUUGGAAAUCUAUAUUGUCCAACCCUUCAUCACGCCGUGCGGUCUGCAUAUCGUUCCUGGUGAUCACGCUGCUAGCUGUCGGCGGUGACUACGGGAUCACGGCAUACGGCUCAAUGAUCCUGGAUCACGCAGGCGUGACGUUCGCGCCCGAGGUGCAAGCGCUGACCAUUCCCGCGCUCAUGACGCUGGGGUCACUUCUGUCCGCUGUUACUAUUGAGAAAUUCGGGAGGAAGCCCCUGAUAAUGGUAGGAGCGGUGUUCACUGGCGUCCCACUGGCCAUAAUGGGGACAGCGCUCGUGAUUCUUCAAGGUGGAGGUCACGUGCCGCCAUGGAUCCCGGUCGUCAGCAUCGGUGUCUGUCUGUUCGCCAGCGGACAAAUGAUGUCGCUACCGUUCAUCAUCAUCUCCGAGAUAUUUAACGUACAAAUGAGAUCAAAAGUGAUCGGCGUCAUCUCGACAUACGGCUGGUCGCUGGCCGGGUCCCAGACUCUCCUGUUCGCAAUAAUAACUGAACACUUCGGGAUGCAAACGAUAUUCUUUACAUUUGCCAUUGUCAAUCUAUUUGGCGUUAUAGUCUGUGGCGUUAUAAUGCCAGAAACGAAAGGGAAGACUCUUGAACAGAUCAACAAAGAAUUGCUGAGCAGAAAAUGUUAGAAAAAAAUAAAUAUAUUGCGUAUAAUGAAUUUACAAUACAUCUUUUCAUCCGUU